AUGACUUCAAUGGCAAUGUUAUUAGGAUCAAUAACGCCCAUUGUCUGGGUGGAAGUUACCCCAGCAUCGCCAAAAAAAUUCCACGCUCACGCGAUCAUAUCAUCAUCGAUUAUACUGGUUUCCCUUUUAUUCAAAGUUUUAAUUGAAGCUUUUCCUCACGAACACAAUAAACAUUCAUUUCAGGUGAUAAUAAAUUUUGAAUCACAGCAACAUGAAAAAGAAAUAUCCAUACAGACUAUUGAAUCCUCUUCUUCGAUAACCACCACCACCGAAACAGGAAAAUUCUUGCAUAUAACUGAUUUACAUUUUGAUCCAUUCUACCGACCAAACACUGAUCCCGCGGAACUAUGUCACCGCAGCUCGAAACAGAACGAGAACAACAGAGCGGGUAAAUUCGGUACACUGAAAUCGGCAUGUGAUAUGCCGUAUAGUACAUAUAAUGAGACCCUGAGCUUUUUAAAGAGUAAAUUUGAGAAUCAAUUGGAUUUUGUGAUUUAUACUGGUGACACCUUGAGACAUGAUCGGGAUGGCAAACAGCCGAGAACUCUUGAUGAAACAUUGUGGUUACAUGAAGUUGCUGUUGAGAAUUUCAGAAGAGUUUUCGAUUUGGAUAAAACACAAUUUAUUCCCACAAUUGGAAAUAAUGAUUUAUUUGAUCACAAUCAAAUCAGCAGUGAUCCCAACUUUUUAUACCAAAGUCUCUCGAAUAUAUGGGCACCAUUCAACCUCAAUCUAACGGAAGACUUUAUACAUGGUGGUUACUUUCGACACGAUCUUGAUAAAUCACAAUCAUCCUCACAAGUUUCUCUGCCUCUCACUGUAUUAAGUUUUAACUCGAAUUAUUUCCACAAGAUGAAUAAAUUGGUGGCUGACUGUGAUGAAGAGGAUUCCGCGGGUGCUGAACAGAUCGAAUGGGCAAAGCAGCAAUUAGCAGGUGCGAGAGAGGAAGGAAGAAAAGUAUAUAUUGUGCAACAUAUACCUCCGAUACAUCCUGAAGGUGACUUUUACCCUGCAUGCUUACACGCGUAUGCCAAUCUCUUGGGAGAAUACGCGGAUAUUAUAUCUGGGCAUUUUACAGGACACACAAACACGGAUGUACUAACAUUUCUCCUAAAAUCGAAAAAGCACAAUUACAAAUUCUACACGCUAAAAGGCGAUCACCAACCUUUACACAUUCACACAGAUAAAGUGAUGCUAGAAUUGCUAACUGCUCCGUCUCUUGUUCCUGUAAACAACCCAGCAAUUCGUGAAUACACAUACUCCACCUCCCCAGCUUCCCUUGGAAAACUCAUCGACUACACUCAAUACUACGCAAACCUAACACGUGCAAACGAUCAAGGUGAACUGCAGUGGGAAGUCGAAUAUACUGCUAGCGAAGUGUACCAUACAAAAAGCUUAUCUACAGGGAGCUGGAAACACGUGUUGGAAAUGUUUAAGGAGCCUAAUUCACUUGCCUGGUCACAUUACGUGAAAUUUGUGAAUAAAAUGCAAAUCUUUGUAAAGACUCUCACAGGCAAGACGAUUACCCUCGAGGUGGAAAGUUCUGAUACCGUUGAAAAUGUCAAACAAAAAAUUCAAGAUAAAGAAGGAAUUCCUCCGGAUCAGCAACGCCUAAUUUUUGCUGGAAAGCAGCUGGAAGAUGGUCGAACUCUCGCUGACUACAACAUUCAAAAAGAAUCAACCUUACAUCUCGUGCUUCGAUUACGUGGUGGUCUCAUCGAACCGUCGCUUAAAGCAUUAGCUUCGAAAUACAACUGUGAAAAAAUGAUUUGCCGUAAAUGCUAUGCGCGACUUCCACCCCGUGCUAGCAACUGCCGUAAGAAGAAGUGCGGUCAUUCCAACCAACUACGUCCAAAAAAGAAACUCAAGUAG